GCAGUUGAAAAGGCAAAACACUCAAAUUAAAUGUGGAUACUGCGCUAACAUUGUUUCUUAAUGCGUAAAGGUAACGUUUCCAAGUCUACUGUUACGAUCACAAAUACGAUUCAUGUAAAAACAGACUGCGUGUCCAUAAACUAUAGGUUGGAUAGCAUAAGGCUGAAACUUUGAUAACUUUACUUUUAGCAAGCUACAAGGCUAGCUGGUACUGUAGCUAGUCUUAAGUUAGUAAUGUACAGUAGUAGUAGCAAAUAGUGUAGAAAAUACUAGCUAUAUGUAAGUCAAGUAUUCAAUACUCUUUGGUAGUAGCAGCGUACACUAACUUCCGGUGGGGUUUGUUGUCCAGCAAAAUGAGUCUUUAUCUUUUAGUGAAGAACCCCGUUACAGUAUCGGUUAGUGUGAGGAAUGCUCCAAGCAAACAUGCUGAUAAAAAUAAAGUGUUGGCCGAGAGAAACCAGGCUGUCAUGCCUGUCGGUGCAUGGGUGGAAAGUGGACACGAUAAUACAAGCCCAGACCACAACCAUCCAGCUGUCCGUGCAAUUAUAACUGAAGCGCUACAGGUAGAAGUACUGCGGCAAAAAGAGGAAAAUCUGCAACGGUUUCAGGACGAAGUGCGUCGCCGUGUGGCACAACAAGCACAAAUCCUCAAGAGCAGGCAAUUGCAGAAGUCCUGCGAAUCGGUGGAGCGAGAGGGCAGAGUUUUGCAACAAUCAAGUGAUGCAGCCCUAUGCCUCACCCCCAGAAUUUUGGAGCCUCAUGGGGAGUUGGCUAUCUGUAUUCCUAACUCACGUUGGGUCGAAGCAAGCCGCCGCGAGUACAGCGAGAGAGAGUACGGCACACAACCAGCAGAUCUGCGCGAAAAUCAGCUGAGUCAUGUCAUGAGAAAAGUGAGACACAGACUGGCCACCUGUCAGACAGUCAGUGAUGGGGAAGUGAUGUCAGAACUUCCAGGAGGACUGUGGAAAGUCUCUCCGACCAGAGAUAAGCCUGUUUCCAGUUUCAUGAGAGAGGCAGGGGAAGAAAAGGAGGAGAAGGAACAAGAAGAGGAAGAGGAAGGGGAGGAAGAAGUUGACGAAGAUAUUCCUCUGACUGGGCAGCAUGACUGCCCUCUUUUCCAACAGAACGUUGAUCCCUGCGAGGGCCAAGUAAACAAAACGGUCACCUUUGACAGUAAUCCGGUGUGUGAGAGGCUGUUGAAAGAGCCCUACCCUUCCGGUCCUAGCCUUGGGUUCAGCACAGAUUACAGGGCGACACAGGUUCUCUGGCCACAAGACGACCAGGAGGAACUAAAAAGACACCGUCAGUCUCAGUUUCUGAUGUAUCGGCGCCUCUUUAUGGACAAUGAAAGAGAGCAGGUGAAGGAACACCAGCGACACAGGAAACACCUGAAGAGAAUUGGCAGGAUCAAAGCAGAAAAAGAACAGAUAAGACUUGAAGAAGAGCAGAAAAUGGAGAAGAUGCGGCAGCUGAAAGAUGACCGAUUAGAAAUGGCCAAGAGGGAGUUUCUGAUCCUGGAGCGUCUGAGGCUGGAUGAAGAGGAGAGGGCAGAAGCCAAGCAGAGUCAAGAGAGGGCCAGGAAAACCAGAGAGGCCAACAGGUACAUUGAGGCUCUGCGGGCCCAGAUGAAGGAGAGGAUUGUCCAGGAGAAAGUAGAGCUCCCCCCUCUGUGUUGGUGUGGAGACAGCUUCUGGGACUCCCACCCUGACACCUGCGCCAACAACUGUGUAUUCUACAACAACCCGAAAGCCUAUGUCCAGGCUCUCCAGUCCACCUUGUGGAGCUGUGAUCUAAAAGAAGGGACAAAUAUCCUUCAACACAAGGGUUCAGCUCGCAGGAUUGCCUCCAUACAUGUUCUUUCCCCCAGGAAGUGAGCAGAAAACAAUAGGAAGUAAUCGCACCAGAACCCCAAAGCGGACGUUUUUGCAUCCUUUUUUGUUUAGUUUUAUGUUCCUCAAAUUAAUAAUGACCUUAAGUGUACCAUUAAUGUUUGUAGAGGGAUGCUAUUCAUGCUGUGUGAUUUAAUCAUACUAUUUUCUUCUGUUUUGAAGUGGCAUCCUUUUUUUAAUCUUGCAUUUCAUGCUCAGGUACACUCAUCGAUUGUGUAAAGUCACAGCAUGUUGAUGAAUAUUGUACACUUAAAAAUGUAUCUGAUUAUCUCUGCUAUUUGUGCUAUUUCAAAAGACAGAAAAAGACAUGCGUCUGAGUAUUUAGAAAAGCGCUAUAUAAAAAUAAAUUAUUAUUAUUAUUAAAGGUUAAGUAAUUUGUUUAUUUUUUGGUCAGUACAACAACUUUUGUCUUGAGUUGGAGCACACAAGCAUCAUCAGUGCAUAUUUAUAAUUGCACUAAAUGCACAAAAAUAAAUUUGAUGUUUAAGUUUGACAUUGUUGCCAGAAAAUACUAAAUAUUUGUUAUUACACUUCACAGGCACAUGGUUGAUUAAAGUUUUAAUUGAUCCUCA